AUGUUCCACUUGCGGUAUCACGCUGUCGUGUGGGGCCUGGCGCUGGUGCCGGCGAUUGUGCCGCUGUGCACGCGGGGAUAUGCGCCUGCCGGUGCGUGGUGCUGGAUUGAGCAAUCACAGACGGCCCUGCGCUUUGCGCUGUGGUAUGUACCCAUGCUCCUCCUCCUCGCCGUCAUCGGUGUGAGCUAUGUGCUCAUGUACCGCCGCCUUCGCUCCCGGCAGUUUUCGCUCCGCGGGGAGGCCAUACAGGAGGAGGACGACUCGUACAGGGACAACAUCGCCACACUCAAGUGGUACCCUGUGGUGUAUGUUGUUGUGUCUGUGUUCUCUGUCAUCAACAGAAUACAAAACGCCGUCCACCCGUCCCACCCCGUCUACGCCCUCUACCUCCUCCACUCCCUCUCCUCCCCGCUCCAGGGGCUUUUCAAUGCCGCUGUGUAUGCAACCAGCGUUGCUUCCCUUCGCUCUACCUCGUUUCAGUCCAUCAAACAGGCGCUGUCGCACCGGCUUGCAUCGCCGGAGAUGCAGGAGUACACUGUACACCAGCCGGACGAGGAAGGGCUCAUGGCCAACACCAGUUCAGACAGCGAAGCAGACCUCCUCCCAUAGCCACGUGCGCGCAUGCUGCCUAUCUUUGCUUCUUCAACCCCCUUUUGUUAUUCUUCCAUUCCCACAUCCUUGAUAAUUCCAUGCACGAAUAGAAGGAGCGAAAGAAAUUCUUGCUAACGAUCAUCGAUGCAUGCAAGCAACACGAGCAAGCCUGAGAUGCGUUUUCCCAUCGCCCCCCACUGACAACCAAACAACAACC